AAGUAGGGGCGUUCUUGAGCCUAUAGCUUCAUUGUGAUUUCUGAUUUACCUUCGAAUCUCUCUCGUUCUCUUUCUCUACCAAGAUGCAGAUCUUUGUGAAAACCCUCACCGGCAAGACUAUAACACUCGAGGUUGAAAGCUCAGACACCAUAGACAAUGUCAAAGCAAAAAUCCAGGACAAAGAGGGCAUCCUACCAGACCAGCAAAGGCUCAUCUUUGCCGGAAAGCAACUGGAAGAUGGCCGAACCCUAGCGGACUAUAACAUCCAAAAGGAGUCGACCCUUCACUUGGUCCUCCGCCUCAGAGGGGGUAUGCAAAUUUUCGUGAAGACCCUUACGGGAAAAACCAUCACUUUGGAAGUGGAGAGCUCUGACACCAUAGACAAUGUCAAAGCUAAGAUUCAAGGUAAGGAGGGCAUUCCUCCUGAUCAGCAGAGAUUGAUCUUUGCUGGGAAGCAGUUGGAAGAUGGGAGGACCUUGGCUGACUAUAACAUCCAGAAAGAAUCGACCCUUCACUUGGUGCUUCGCCUCCGUGGUGGUUUCUGAAUAUCAUGGUCUUGGGUCAUUUGUGGUUCAAUGUGUUUGAUACUUUCUAGUAGUUUUCGAGUAGUUUAGCGUGAUUAAGCACAGCUAAUACUGGUUGCAAGUUUGUGUUUGUAAUCCAGUUCUAUGCAAUAGUUGUUUUUUU